AACUCGAUAAAUUUUAUAUACAUACAUAUAUGUUCUAGGCAAUACAGCUUGGUGUUAUUUUUCUGCUCAUGAUAAACAAGACAGCAGAUUAGUUUAAGUGUAAUCGUUGUUGUUUAAAAAAAUCCUGAAAAUGUCAUUUAUAUAUCUUAUACCGGUCGCAGUUUUUCUGCUUUUUCAGAUAACAUUUCUUGGCACUUAUAUAGCUGCUGUACUACAGGGUCAUGUAGUGCCCACUGUGCCAUAUAUCAGUGAUGCUGCUACAUAUUCUCCAGAGAGUUGCGUAUUCGCCCAGCUCAUAAAUAUGGGAAGCAUACUAUUGGGCAUCACAAUUUACAUACGUUAUAGACAAAUUCAACAACUCUAUAGCCAUCAUCCCGAUUUGGGCUCUUUGCUAUUGGUGUACAACAAGAUUGCAUUUUGGUUCGGAUUAGCUUCUUGUUUGGGUAUAAGCAUUGUUGGAAACUUUCAGGAAACAAAUGUACGGAUCGUGCAUUUUACGGGUGCAUUUUGUUGUUUUGGCAGUGGUACAGUUUACUUUUGGUUGCAAGCAUUGAUCACCUACAUGGCGUAUCCGAUUGCGAGUACGAAAUUAUAUGCACACAUUCGUUUGGGAAUGUCCAUUUGCUGCACGAUAUUAUUUAUUUUGAUUGCUGUCACUGGUGUCAUGUCACACAUUCUUUUCAAAGGCGAAAAUCCAAGACAAUGGUACCCUUCGGACGGUGGCUGGUAUUUCCAUGUUAUAAGCUCAAUAUCGGAAUGGAUUAUGUCUACUAUUUUCUGCUUUUAUAUUUUGACUUUCACGGAGGAGUUUCGCGAUGUUAGACUUGACCAUCCGGAACUGACGUUGAUCUCCUAUUCAAUAACUAUAACAGACUAAAAUGAAUUUAUUAAAGUGAUUGGAUUCUACUUCAUUUACAAACCAAGCAACGAUUAAUAUGUAUCCAUAUACUAAUUACAUGUAGUGCAUAUGUACAUGCAUACCAUGUAAUUCCAAAGUAAUAUAAAAGUGCUGUGAUAAGUAACUUUUCUUUGAUUAAAAUAUUACACAGCAAAUAUGAAUUAUUUUAUUUCAGGAGUACAGAAAGUAUACCUUUUAUUUUCAUUCAUACAAAUAUUUAAAUAUAAUAUACCAAUGCCGAGAAAGGCACUUGCUACCAACCAAUAUUGGCCAUAAGAGUAUUGUAUAAGAACUAAGAAAGAAAUUCAAAAUAAAUAAAUAAUGGUUAAUAUUAAAACAGAGUUAAGCAUUAAA